UGGCCGCCCCGGCCCUGCGAUGGCCGCGCCCUGUCCGGAGGACCCCUCGCUGGAGAGACAUUUUAAGGGCCACCGAGAUGCAGUUACCUGUGUAGACUUCAACCUCAACAUGAAGCAGCUGGCCAGCGGCUCCAUGGACUCAUGCCUCAUGGUCUGGCACAUGAAGCCCCAGGCACGUGCCUACCGCUUCUCGGGCCACAAGGAUGCCGUCACCGCUGUGAACUUCUCCCCUUCCGGACACCUGCUGGCCUCCGGCUCCCGCGACAAGACUGUUCGCCUCUGGGUACCCAAUGUCAAAGGUGAAUCAACCGUGUUUCGUGCCCACACGGCCACAGUGAGGAGCGUCCAUUUCUGCAGCGAUGGCCAGUCCCUCGUGACAGCCUCCGAUGACAAGACAGUCAAGGUGUGGUCGACCCAUCGCCAGAAAUUCCUGUUCUCCCUGAGCCAGCACAUUAACUGGGUCCGCUGUGCCAAGUUCUCCCCCGACGGGCGGCUCAUCGUGUCUGCCAGUGAUGACAAGACUGUCAAGCUGUGGGACAAGACCAGCCGGGAGUGUGUGCACUCGUACUGCGAGCACGGCGGCUUUGUCACCUGCGUGGACUUCCACCCCAGCGGCACGUGCAUCGCCGCCGCCGGCAUGGACAACACGGUGAAGCUGUGGGACGUGCGGACUCGCCGGCUCCUGCAGCAUUACCAGCUGCACAGCGCCGCGGUGAACGGUCUCUCCUUCCACCCAUCGGGGAGCUACCUGGUCACGGCCUCCAGUGACUCUACCCUGAAGAUCCUGGACCUCGUGGAGGGCCGGCUGCUCUACACGCUGCAUGGACACCAGGGUCCAGCCACCACUGUUGCCUUUUCGAGGACGGGGGAGUACUUUGCUUCCGGAGGCUCUGAUGAACAGGUGAUGGUUUGGAAGAGCAACUUUGACGUCGUAGAUUAUGGAGACGCCGUGAAAGUGCAGAGGCGCCCAGCCACGCCGGCUGCCUCCUCUGGGAAUCUGCCAGAAGUGGACUUCCCCGUCCCCCCGGGCCGAGGCAGGAGCCAGGAGUCGGUGCAGAGCCCCCUGCAGGAGCCUGCCAGCAUGCCGCAGACGCUGACCAGCACGCUGGAGCACAUCGUGGGCCAGCUGGACGUCCUCACGCAGACGGUCUCCGUGCUGGAGCAGCGGCUGACACUGACGGAGGACCGGCUGAAGCAGUGCCUGGAGCAUCAGCAGCUAGCGGCACAGGGGACGGCGCCGUGACCCGGAGCAUCAGCAGCUAGCGGCACAGGGGACGGCGCCGUGA